UUAACUUCACACCUGGAACUCAAUGGACGACAACGAUUUCGGUAUCAAAUCAGAGCCCAUGACUGACAGUGAGGGCACAAGUGCGGAAAGCAUGCGUGAGCCCUUGAAGUUGUCCGAAAGUGUAUCUUGCGAUGAAGGGGCUGAAUCAGACUCACUUGAAGAGGAGGAUUCCCAGCUGUUUGUGGAGAAGAGACAGGUGAUCACCCAUUUACUUAACGUGUCAGAAGGCCAAGAAGGGGACUACUGGAACUUGAUCCCAAACCAAUUUUUAUCUAGUUUCUUGAACAGUGACAUAGCUUCGUUCAAGCUCCUCAAACAGGAGAUUGGUCCUGUCAACACCGAGAAAUUGGUUGAUUCGAGUGGUUUAUUGUAUAUGACUGAAGACGACGAAUCCCGGUGCGUGUGUGUGCAUCCAAAGGUGUUUCAAUACUUGUCCCAGUGGUUUGGCUUGGAAGGGGUCCCCAUAGCUCGGGCAUUGAUUAUAGAUGCUAGUGGCAAUAAGAUAGUGGAGAAGUAUCCUCCAUAUUUUGUUUUGCAUACGUUGGGCAAGAGCACCAAGGUCUACAAUAGCCACAACUCCAAACCACAGAGUGUUUCGCUUUCCAAGAUUUCGACGUUCCAGGAUUUGUUGGAUACUGUCAAGAGGUAUGUUUUGAAAAACACCAAAGGAGAAUUCCGAGUAUGGUUCUUAAAUGGUGAUAAUCUUGACGAUCUUCCCAGCACUAUCACCUUGCAGGAGUUUGUCGAUAUUCCUUCGAAAAGCGUGGUAUUUAAGAACAUAUUGGGAGACACCUUGAAACAUCAUCUGGUUAACAUGUUGAAGUAUCAUUUAUUACUCGAGGUUCAGGACAAAACCGGCAACUUCCCAGUUAGUCAGUACGUCCACAAUAUCAACGUUGAAGUGUUUGAUCCUCAAAACUCCUUAUCUUCAGGAGGGCAUUCAGGCUUGAUCAAUUUGGGAAACACUUGUUAUAUGAACAGUGCAUUACAAUGUUUGGUUCAUGUUCCUGAAAUCAACUACUACUUUUUCUUUGAUUUGUUCAUGAAGGAGUUGAAUAAGACAAACCCCUUGGGAUACAACGGUAAUAUGGCCCAGUCGUUUGGGUCCUUGUUGCACAAAUUGUUCAGCGAUCAGUCGGUUAACGGCACUUCUUUGAACGCUUUGUCCCCAAGAGAAUUCAAGUACACCAUUGGCCAUUACUCCUCCAUGUUCCAAGGGUAUCAACAACAGGACAGUCAAGAGUUUUUAAGCUGGCUUUUGGAUUCCUUACACGAAGAUUUGAAUCGGAUACACGAUAAACCAUACCUUGAGAAGCCCGAAUUGAAGGAUGAAGAUAUAGACAAUCCUGAAGCGAUAAAAAGACUUGCUGAUAUAAGUUGGGACCAAUAUAAAAAGCGGAAUGAUUCGGUUAUUGUGGAUUUGUUUUCGGGGUUAUAUCAAAGUGUUUUAGUUUGUCCAGAUUGUGGGAAGACGUCCAUAACCUAUGAUCCUUUCAAUGACUUGACAUUGCCAUUACCGAUUGAGAAAAAGUGGUAUCAUACUUUCACCGUGGUAAACUUGGACUUUAAUCAACAGGUACCCGAUAGAAUCAUGAAGUUGCAAAUCGAAUUGAAUAAGACGUCUAAUUACGAAGAACUAUUAAGUUAUUUGACAAGAUUUUUAAACGUUCCAAAAGAUUUCUUGUUCUUGUAUGAAAUCUUCAACGAUUACGUGUACCAAGACUUCCAAUCCAAUAACAAGAAGUACAAGUUCAUUCCCAUUAGUGAGUUGAUUGGAGCAAAUGACAAUGUCUUGAUUUAUAUAAUACCUCACCUGCUGGUAGAUAAGGUUGUACCAGUUUUCAAUAUUUUGCCGGAUCAAGACAAAUCCUAUAACAUUGCCAACGUUUUUGGAGUUCCUUUAUUCAUUACCUUAACCGAUGAAGAAGCCAAAUCAUUUGGAAGGAUCAGAGGCAAACUCGAGCAGGCUAUUCAGUUAUUGACCACUGUUGACAUCAAUUCUCAAUACAGGCAAUUGAAGACGGUCCAUAAACAGUUCUAUUCCAAGAAGGAUUUUGCAUUGGAACCAGUUGAGGUUGAGGUGGAUGAAGGAUAUGACUCUGACGUUUCAUUAGGGGAUCCUGAAAUCAGUGCUGAUUUUGGUUUUACCAUUAAAUUUCUUGAUGAUCCUAGGUUUAGACCAGAUCCAAGAAAGAAGGUUCAUUUCCCUCACAUCAAACCCACCUUGACAGGAUUGCCAAAGUUAGGUGAGAAGUUACCCGAAUUGAAAUACAACUACUAUCAUUAUCCUAAUUACAAAAGACAAGAAGACUAUGUUCUUGUCAAGUACGAAGCGAAGGAUGAAGAGAAUGAAGAUAAAGUACAGUCCAACGAAGAAGAAGUCCAAUUGGAUGAAGAAAACGAAGUAGAAGUGGAUGAAGAAGAAGUUACUCCAACUUCUAGUGAAGGAGCUGCAAAUGAUGAAAGUGAGCCUCUAGAUUCCAGUCUGGAAAGUAGUGAAAAUGACAGAUUGGGACUGUUAUUCGAUUCAGUCAGUACUUUGAACAAUAAAACAAAAGAAGAACUCAGAUUCAAUAUCGAAAAACACAAUCAUCCCACUUUUGUUGGUCCAAAUACCUUAUUAGUAUGCGAAUGGGAUUCCCAGAUUCACGAGCAAUUGUUCAAUGCUAACACCAGAACCUGGGAAAUCUUGAAAGAAAUUCCUAACCCUGAACUUGAAGCCAACAAGGCCAAGUUGAUUGCCAAACAGAAGUCUACCAUCUCGUUGUACGAUUGUUUGGACAAGUUUUACCAACCAGAAGUUCUUGGAGAUCAAGAUUUAUGGUAUUGUCCUAGAUGCAAGGAUCAUAAACAAGCUACGAAAACCAUAAAAAUAUGGAACACAGGUGAUAUAUUGACGAUACAUUUGAAGAGGUUCCAGGUUGCAAGAAGCUUCAGUGAUAAGAUUGAUGUUACAGUUGAUUUCCCCAUAGAAGGAUUGGAUAUGAGUCAAUAUGUAAACAGUCCUGACAGAGAAUUGACCUACGACUUGAUUGCCGUGGAUAAUCACUACGGUGGACUAGGAGGAGGCCAUUACACUGGAUCUGCACUUAACUUCAGAGAUAACAGGUGGUACUACUUCGAUGACAGCCGAGUAUCUCCAAUAGAAGAUCCUAAAAAAGUCAUUACCAGUGCAGCAUAUCUCCUAUUUUACAGAAAGAGAACCAAGGAUAACCUACUUGGAGGCGAAAAGUUCAGCCAAUUGAUUGAAGAAGGUAAAAAACAGUACGAGACCAAUUUGAACAUACUCAAGAAUAACUUUCUCCAAUUGGAAACCCAAGUCGAAAACUAUGAUCAGGAUGAAAAAGUCCAACAGCCAGAGAAAGAAGGCACUCCAAUGGCCGAUAUAGAGGUUGAAAAUUUCAACAGUGGGAAGAAGUCUCGUUCACCUUUAAUGGAGGAUGACCUGACGUUCGACACAAAAAAGCGAUUGUUAAGUAAAGAUAAAGACAAAGGGUCCAGUGAAAGCGAGUGAAAUUAAAGUUUAUACACUAUUUAUGGCUUUGGCUCUUUGUUUAGAUGUUCUUAAUAAAGAUUUAAUUUCAUCUCUUGUGAUGUUCAAGAGACUUCCAUUGAUUAACGUAAACUCAUUAAAAGCCUUACCAUCGGAUACCACAUUGACCUUGGAUAUUAUAUUAGAUUCCUCACUUUCGUUUUCCAAGUCACAGAUGAUGAGAUUUUUUUCAUCCAAGUUGUAGAGUCCAAAGUUGGAGGACACCAAAGGAACCUCCAUGUUCAAACGUAAAGGCACCAACUCGGCGUCGGGGUAGGCAAGUAAGUUGUCGAUAGACAACUUUACAAACGAGUCAUUCAAGUAUAUCACCGGCAAUUUAACAGCCUUCAAGCUAGUCACCAAGGCAAAAUGGCAAACGUCAAAUAGUGGACCAGACCGAUCAAAUACCUUCAAGUUCACAAAGAGGUUGAACUUGAACUGUUUGUUUGUGUCCAAGUCUUCCAAAUUAUCAUCGAUCAUCACCUUUGGUUUGAAUAUUAGUGAAUUGGAUGGUAAUAUUCUGCUGUGCAAAGUCGACUCGUAUAGCUUUUGAGAGAGAUUCAUUUCUUCAUCAGUGGGAGCUCCUGAGCGGCCUCUGGAGAUAGAAAGAGUAGGGUAUACCGAGGAGUACUGUUCCGGGGUUUCCCCACCCAAGAGCUCGGUGAUUCCAUAUGAUAUAUUGCAAAUGACAAGAGUAUUGCCAUUUUGGAUGUAUGAGGUGGUGAGCAAAUGAGACGAUUUUUGAGAAAGAAUCUGGAUGUUUUUGAACUCAUCAAACAAUCUUUGGUUCGAGCGGAUCCCGAUCUUGAGGUGCCUCUCUAAGGAGACGUCGGGGAUGAUCCUUUCGAGGAUUUCGGGUUUAAAAGAUAUCAGCUCCAUUGUAGAUGGAGUAAACUGUGCGC